AUGGAAAAACAAAGAAUUUCUUCUAAACCAAAUUAUCCAAUUGUUUCUGGAAAUUCAGAGAAUGGCGAAAACAAGUCCUCCAAUUCUAGCAACGACUCUUGUUAUCCAUCACAACUUGGUACAAAUUCUAGUGAAUUUGAUAUUCAAGUUUUAGUGAUUGACCAUGAUAAUGAAUCCCUCAUAUCAACAGUCAAGAUGCUUCGGAUGUUUGCAUAUAAAGUGACUAUGGUGGACCUAGCCUCCGAAGCCUUGGAGAUUAUUUUAUCUGGGAAGAAGCAUUUCGAUGUGGUCAUAGCGAAUGUUGAUUCCGAUAUUGAUGGUUUUAAGUUCUGCCAGCAAGUAGCUAAACAGGGAAUCCUAGUACUUCUAACAUGUUCAAACCAAGAAAAACAUCUCGCAACCAAAGCGAUCGAAAAUGGUGCUAUCCUAGUUAUCCAUAAACCCGUGGAUGAGCAGAUCAUCGGGAACUACUUAUGGCAAAUUGUAAUGAGGGAAAGACUUCUGAGGAGUAAAGGAAAAGGAAAAGGAAAAAACAGCCCUAAGAGUACUGUUAUUAUUGCUGGUAAGGAGAAAAAUGUUAGUAGAGGCCCUACAAUGGAAGUUGGUGAAGGGAAGACCAAAAGAAAGGCUUCAAAGAAGAAGAGAAAGGAGCCUGAAAAAGUAAUGAUGAGGAAAAAUGUCUGCAUUGAAUGGACUAAGGAACUCCAUUCAAAGUUCAUGGAUGCAGUCCAACAACUUGGUGAAGGAAGAUGUUUUCCCAAGCAGAUUACAGAGAUAAUGAAUGUACCUGGGCUUACAAGGUCCCAAGUUGCCAGUCAUCUCCAGAAAUGCCGCCAUGGUAACUGGGGAGCCCCAUACCAGCGUAAGUGCCAUGGAAGGGAGAAGAUGAGGGGCUUUGGAAGCACAUGUCAUGGAGAAGACAACAAUCUGGCUGAGGACCAACAAAGUUCUACUAAUUCAACUUCUGGGAGUACAAACACCGCCAACAAUGGUUUCUUUGCCAAGGUUACUUAUGAUUUCUUCCCCUCGAACCCCUAG